AUGACAAUCAAUAAAUUCUCUUGGGUAAACACAUCGAUUCCUGGUCUUCGUCCAUGUCCGGGCACUUAUCACAGAUAUUUCGAUGUACCUUCAAUACCAUAUGCCAAAGAGUUGGAUUUAGAUUCUGUUGAUUCACCGACUGCUUGCUAUUCCAUUGUAGAUAUGUCAGGAUUUUCAAGUGCCACAGUCGAUGGAGUUUUAUUUACUCCAUACUACAACGAUCAACAAAGCUGUGUUACUUGGUAUCUGGGUUCCGAUGGCCGUGCAUAUUACUCGUUUGACAACGAAAAGUUCAACCUCUGUGCAGAGUCGCGUGCAGAGUUUGACACUAGAAUAUCGAUUGAGGCAUCUCUCUGGUUCAAGCUUUGCGAUGCUGUUGGCUACCAAGCAAUAUCACCGGAGAAGGUCAAAGCAACCAAGGAUAAACUUACAACAGAGGAGGCACUCUACGUGGAAUACUAUCUGUCCAAGACCAAAGAGGAAUUGAAUGAUCUUCCACCAUGGGAUGAUGAUGAAUAG